GGAACUUUCUCUUUGCAGUCCACAUUGUCCCUGCAGUCAACGUUCAGGAGCCGAGAAGCCAGACUAACCAACCCCUUCCAAGUCAGCAUCCACUUGACCCAGAAGACCAGCAGCUUCACCCAGCAGCUCCCCAUCAGCAUGACCUCGCCCAAGGUUGUGAAACAUGGCUCGACCCACAAGACCUGUGCGUUACUCAGCAUCUCGGAUAACGUGCUUCAGCCUUCCCCUCCUGGUCUGGCGCCCCCAGAUGGCCAAGCGUCUCCAUCGCCAGCCGCCCAGAUCACCUCCGAGUCCCCUGCACAGCCGCUUUUGUUCCACACAAAGAGCUUGAACGACGUGGAGAUCUGCGACAGUUUCCUGCUGGGGAAGUGCCCCGAGGGGACGUCGUGUCCAAAGCAUCACACGGCCUUGCCAUUCCACUGGCAGCUGUGGUGCCUCAAGACGCUGACCUGGGUGGAUGUGCAAUCUUCUGCCCAAGUUCUCCUGGAGCGUAGGUACUGCCAAGUGGACCGGAACAUUGCCUGCCUCCAUGACGGGAAAAUGAUCUACACUGUGGAAUUCAACACCAUGGAGAUAUCCUGCUCGUCCAAGUACAGCAGAGUCAGACGUCUGAGCAACUCGGAGAGUCACCCGUACUUCCCCGCCAAGUGGCGCAUCUACUGGAGGGAAAUCUUAGAAUGGAAGGAGUACACCCAGGACCAGUCCGACUUUCUCCUUAGGAAAAUUAGCCAGAAGGAGCCACACUGUUCUUUAAUCAUCGAUGCCCAGAAGUACAAGGUGGACUUUACCAACAUGACCCAAAUCAAUGUCAAGACCGGCUACAAGAGGGAUGUCCGCUGCGUAGCAGUUUACCGCUCGCCUGAAUCUAUGCACCCUUACUUGAAGACAGAGCCUGCCCAGCCUCUCCUUCAGCCGAACUUUAGUGUGGACCCUCUGGAGGACUUCACCUCCUUGUACCCUCCAGUGUGGUCUUUAGACUCAAAGCAGGACAUGAACCUGGUGAAUGUUCCGGCCUGUUCAAGGGCCUUCAAGACUGUCCAGAAAGUCUUCACCGAGGGUCUGCAUAAGACCAUGGUGGACAUUGUCAGCAUCUAUAUGGUCCAGAAUGCCCUGCAUUGGGACAAGUAUCAAAGGAAAAAGGUGUCCAUGCAGAAAAAGCAUGACAGCUGCCAGGAACCCUUGGAGCGCCAUCUCUUCCACGGCACUAAACAAAGGGCCGUCAAUGACAUCUGCCAGAACAACUUCGACCCGCGUAGGGGUAACGGCUCUUACUUUGCCGCCUCAGCCGAAACGUCCUAUCAGUUCACGACUUCGGGGGAGCCUGAUGGGGUCCGCCACAUGUUCUUAGCAAAAGUCCUGGUGGGGAAGAUGAUCUUGAACCCGUAUUCUUGGCAAGACCGCUACGACGCCUGUGUUAACAAAGCAUAUUUGCCCGACGAGUUUAUAGUCUCUGACAGCUGCCAGAUCUACCCCUACUUCCUCAUCAAAUUCAAAGAUGCGUCCCACUUCAUUGACAUUUGACGCAGUCCACGUUGGCAAAGAAUAUUCCGUUUGUCAUCCACAAAGAAAGUGAAGCACUGACAUGUACCAGGCGGUCUAUUUCUGGGCGUACCAGAGAGAAAAAAAAGGUACUUAGUCGGAUAAGGCGUUCACUGACCUCGUUUGAUUCAAGAUCACAUAAGAGUAUCUUUAACAUGUUUCUCUCUUUAAACCACAUUGCAUUUCUUAAGAUUUUAAAUAUUAUCUAUUCGCAACUGGCACUUAAUUAACAAAAGUUUUGCUUGUGAAUGAUUAUAAUUAUUGACUAUAUAAAAGUUGUUGUUCAAAAUGA